GCCCCUGCAUGUAGGUGGGAGAAGAGGUGCAGCAACGCUGAAACAGCAAACAUGCGGAAAGAGAAGUGUGCCCAGGUCAAAGAACCCAAUGAGAGUGAAAAUGGCCAGAUGAAGCUCCAAAGAACCAUAGGAUAUUUUGAAGGAGUUAGCUUUAUAAUUGGGACGAUUGUCGGGGCAGGGAUCUUCAUCUCCCCUACAGGAGUGCUGAAAUAUUCUUUACUCAAUGUUGGCGUUGCAUUGAUCAUCUGGACGGCUUGUGGCAUCAUAUCUCUGAUGGGCGCCCUCUGUUACGCAGAGCUAGGCACAGCACUACCCUUUUCAGGAGGAGAAUACAGCCACAUCAAGAGAGCUCUUGGAUCCCCACUUGCUUUCGUCUUCAUGUGGACAGCAAUGUUCAAUAAACCGGCCUCAAAUGCCGCUCGGGCCUUGCUCUUUGCUGAAUAUGCUACUCAGCCAUUCUACGGUGAGUGCUUGCCUCCAGAACUGUUAAAGAAAUGCUUGGCUUUGGCUGUUCUCUGGUGUCUUGGGAUCCUCAAUGCUCGAAGUGUCAAGAUGGCUGCUUGGUUGCAGACUGUUUUUACCGUACUGAAGAUGCUGGCUCUGUCUGUCAUUGCGAUUGGAGGGAUUGCCCUGCUGAUAAGAGGAAGGAAAGAGAAUACAGCAAGAUUUGAGCAUGCUUUCAGUUCAGAGAUUCCUGACGCUGUGCAGAUUGCAGAAGCCUUUUUCCAAGGGCUGUAUGCCUAUGGUGGCUGGUGGAACCUCAAUUAUAUGGCAGAAGAGAUGAAAAACCCCAGCAGAAAUAUUCCUUGGACUGUGAUGACAGCACUUCCUUUAGUAACUGUGUUUUACCUGUUAGUAAAUGUUUCAUACCUGACCGUUCUCACACCUAAGGAAAUUGUCUCUUCAGUUGCUGUAGCAGUCACUUGGGCCGACAGAGUGAUCCCUUCAGUUGCUUGGACUAUUCCUUUAUCUGUGGCUGUUUCAAUAUUUGGUGCCCUUAACAGCAGCAUGUUCACACUUGGACGACUGAGCUACGCUGGAAGUCAGUCUGGACACUUGCCCAUCAUCAUAUCCAUGCUUAACGUCCACUAUUGGACUCCAGUACCAGCCAUGAUUUUCUCAACUGUGAUUGCAUCCAUUUUUAUUAUUCCAACAGAUCUCAUUGCUUUAACCAAUUUUUUUGGAUUCUCUAUAUGGCUCAUGAUAGGAUUAACAUGUGCUAGCCUGAUUGUCCUCCGGUACCGAGAGCCUAAUCUGCACAGGCCCUACAAGGUGUUUCUACCAGUUGCCUUUGGCAUGGUGGCGAUAGCACUCUUCUUAGUACUCGCUCCUGUAAUCUGGUCUCCAACGGUGCAGUACAUAUAUGCAUCCCUUUUCAUGCUUGCCGGUCUUCCCUUAUACCUGCCUUUGGUCCAUUUCAAAAUCCAUUUUCAGUUUAUUGACAAAAUUACUUGCUAUCUGCAGUUGUUGCUGCAGGUUUCACCUGCUAAUGAUAAAUCUGAGUGAGGGCAAAGGUUUACACUCUGAACUGUUAUCUAGAUAACAGUUCUCAUCAGCUUCUGGAUCAUUUGGAAGGCUAAAGAAGUCUUAGACUGCAGUCCUAAGCAUACUUGACUCAGUGGGACAUUUCUGGGUAAAUAGGUAUAAGGCUGGGCUGCAAGUCAAUGAAUUGCCUGAGUUUUAGUUUAGUUGAGUAGUGGAUCAGUUAAAUCAGCUUAAACACGUAUUCUUUUAAAAAGCAUGCUGUACUUCCUUUCCUUUUAGAUGAUUCAUACGUAGCAGGUAUCAUUUAGAAGGAAAUAGAAAGAUGGUGCUUUCUAUCUGCAGUAUAGUACUUAAAGUACUUAUAUGUACUAGUGGUGAAAGUGGUAUAUAAAUAUUUGUCAUAUUCAUACUGGUACUAAUAACCAUUUAAACACAUUGGCUGAUAUACAGAGCAAAGGGACACUGAUGCAGCAAGAGAGUUGCCUAACAGAACUUCGUGACUAACUGCACCAGUACAGCAAAGAAGCAGCAAUUUUUGAUAUCCUCCUUUUACCCAGGAAAUCCUCUGUGCCACCCAUACAUAUGUCCCCAAGGGCUACACAACCAUUAGAAACAUAUUUACUACUACUACUACAACAAAUAUUUAUACACUACUUUUCAACAAAAGUUCCAUCCCAAAGUGGUUUACAAAGAGACAUAAAAACAAAUAUAUAAAUAAAUAGAAAUGGCUCCCUGUCCCCAUAGGGCUCACAGUCUAAAAAUCUAUUUAAGCACAGAGAGGGCAUCAAAAAUUGCCUCUUCCUCACUGCACCGGUGAAGUUAGUAGGAAAGUUCUGUUAGGCUGCUCUCUCACUGCACUUUUGCAUCCUUGCUUCAUAGGUCGGUGGCCAUUGAAAAUCUCCUGCCCAAUUAAUCAAGGGCAUCUUUUUUCAUUGAUAACAAUGGGUGGGAUGCAGACUAAGUUAGUCAGGACUAAACAAAUAAUAAUAAUAAUAAUAAUAAUAACAACAACAACAAGAAGAAGAAGAAGAAGAAGAAGAAGGUAGCAGGGAUGAUACACUGGAACAUCUGAAAAAAAUACAAGCUACCUGUAGCCAAACAUUGGUGGGACCAUAAAAUUGAAAAGGUUGUAGAAAAUGAAGAUGCAAAAAUAUUAUGGGACUUCCAACUACAAACAGACAAACAUCUGCCACACAAUACACCAGAUAUAACUGUAGUCGAGAAGAAAGAAAAACAAGUCAAAAUAAUCGACAUAGCAAUACCAGGGGAUAGCAGAAUAGAAGAAAAAGAAAUAGAAAAAAAUCACAAAAUACAAGAUUUACAAAUUGAAAUUGAAAGGCUGUGGCAGAAAAAGACCAAAAUAAUCCCAGUGGUAAUUGGCACCCUAGGUGCAAUUCCAAAACAACUUGAAGAGUACCUCAACACCACAGGAGCCACAGAAAUCACCAUCAGCCAAUUACAAAAAGCAACUUUACUGGGAACAGCCUAUAUUUUGAUACGAUAUCUAUAAUAACCAAUAGUAUUGAUGAGAAAAUUCAGCCAUCCCAGGUCCUUGGGAAGGACUCGAUGUCUAGAUAAAACAAAGUCAAUAACACCUCUCUGACUGUGUAAACAAGAAAUAAUAAAAGAAGCAAGUUACAUUCCA